AUGAGACGGACGAGCGCGACUGCUAUCAAUUUUUUUUCCACGCUCCCUUCUUUUUGAAGCCUCACUCCCUUGUUCUCCUUCUCCUCCUCCUCCUCCUCUCGAUCGUCUCUCCCAUCUCUCCCCUCUCCUCUCUAGAAGUCUUCGUCUCUCGAGCUCUCAUCCGCCGCCCCUCCUCACCGAUCUCAGCGGUGAUCUGAUCUUGGACUUCGGAGGCAAUCCGGUUUCACCCUCCUGAGGCGAUCCGAUCUCGGCCCGGGGCUCCGAUCCGCCGCCGGCAGUGGGGUGGACUAAUGAGCAAUGCAGAGAUCUCGUAGAGCUCUUCUGCAAAGAAGAGCUGCUUUGGAGAACAAUGUCUUCGCUGGGAGGAAGCGCCUGUACAAGGUUUCUCUGUCUAUUGUAAUCCUUUCAUGGGUUCUCUUCUUCCUUCUCAAUUCCUUGAUCAACAAUGGCAAUGGUUAUAUAGAUGGAUUGGGUGCUGUUGUUGAUGCAGCUGGCUGGCAUGAAGCUACCCCAGAUCCAGAUGGUGGUAGAGAUUCUUGGGAUGAGUUGGCACUAUCAGAUGCCGAUUUCAAGGAAAGUUCGAUUUCAGAGAGUCAGGCUGUAGGGAGUAGCACAGAAGUUUUAGUUAAUGAAGAUGAUAAAGUAAAUCUGGCAACUUUUGGAAAAGAGCAGGUAACUGAGAUAGUCUCUGAGUCAGACAUCAAGUUGGACAAGGAUGCCCCUCUUAAAAGUGAUAGAUUAUCUCGUAUUGCUCCUGGUCUUGAUGAGUUUAAAAGCAAGGCAAUCACUGCAAAAGAAAAGCCUAUUUCCACCCAAGCAGGCAGUGUCAUUCACCGAAUUGAGCCUGGUGGGAAAGAGUAUAAUUAUGCUUCUGCUACUAAGGGUGCAAAGGUCUUAGAUUUUAAUAAGGAAGCUAAAGGUGCUUCUAACAUAUUAGACAAAGACAAGGACAGAUAUCUGCGAAAUCCAUGCUCUGCAGAGGAGAAAUAUGUUGUUAUAGAGCUUUCAGAAGAAACUUUAGUUGAUACCAUUGAGAUAGCAAAUUUUGAGCACUACUCUUCUAAUUUGAAAGAUUUUGAACUGUUGAGUAGUUUAAUUUAUCCAACUGACAACUGGGUCAAACUCAGUAAUUUUACUGCUGCAAAUGUGAAACAUGCCCAGAGGUUUUCUCUUCCAGAGCCAAAGUGGGCAAGGUACCUAAAACUCAAUUUACUGAGCCAUUAUGGUUCAGAAUUCUACUGUACACUAAGCGUGGUGGAGGUGUAUGGCGUGGAUGCAGUUGAGAGGAUGCUGGAGGAUAUGAUCUCUGUUGAGAACAAGCGGUUGGAGCCUGAGGAACAUAAUGCUGAACAAAUACCAUUGCAAGAACCAACUGAUAGUGAUGAUACCUAUCAAGAACUUGCUAGAGAAACUGAGGAUGAAUCUCAAUCUGAAAGUCUACAGACAAAACAGGAGCCAUCAAAAAACAAUGUGCCUGAUCUAACUGAUGAGACAAGGCCACCACAAUUUGAUCAAAAAAAGGAGACAAGGCCACCACAAUUUGAUCAAAAAAAGGAGACAAGGCCACUGCAAGUUGGAAGGAUGCCUGGAGAUGCUGUUCUCAAGGUACUAAUGCAAAAAGUCCAGUCUCUUGAUGUUAAUUUUUCUGUUUUGGAGCAGUACCUGGAGGAGUUGAAUAGCAGAUAUGGACGCAUCUUUAAAGACUUUGAUGAUGAUAUCACUGAGAAGGAUCAGCUUCUGGAGAAAAUCAAAUUAGAGAUAAAGAAUCUUCAAAGCAGCAAAGAUGAUUUUACCAAUUACAUUGGAGAGCUUCUCUCAUGGAAAGUCCUCAUUUCCUCACAGUUGGACCAGCUGGUCAGAGAUAAUGUGAUGCUCAGAUCGGAGAUUGAAAGGGUUCGAGACCAUCAGUUUGACAUGGAGAACAGGGGUCUUGCAGUGAUGUUCAUAAGUUUUGUCUUUGGGUGUUUAGCUGCUACAAAGUUGGUUAUGGGUAUGCUCUCAAGUGUUUGUAAACUACGUUAUUCUGAAAUGUUUUGUAGGACAAGCUCUGCUUGGCUCAUCUUGCUUCUGAGCAGUAGCAUCGUAGCUUCCAUCCUGGUGUUAUAAUAGUCGUAUGUAGUACAUUUCCUAUAUUUGCGGCAAUAUAUUACUGUCUCAUGAGGUUUCAUUUGGAACAAAC